ACGGUAAUGAAAAAGGGUGCCCAAGCAUUUCUUCCUUUUACUUCACUCCUCAAAACUCCCUCCAAAUUCCAAAGUACCCUGCAUACAGAUGACAGAUCCCACCACCGUCCACCACUGAACCGGCCAUCGAACCCCGGUUCCACCAAACCCACGGCAAAUGGCAUCGACCUCAGCUUCGCGUCACGGUGGCGCUGCCGGAAGAAUAAAAAACGCAGCCACAACCCUCUCCGCUGAAAGCCAGUCCCUCGUUGCUGAAAUUCGGAAGGCUUUGCAUAUGAUGACGGAAAUCGCAGUUGAGUUCGAGAAAGAUAAUGAAUCUGCAAAGGUAAAAGACCUUGAAAAUGCUGUUGCUGAGUUGGUGGAGGCUUAUGAAAAUUGUGCAAGUUAUGCUGCAGCAGUUGAAUCUGUUGGAAAUAUAUACCAGCCUGGAGCAGAGUUAACUGAUUUCAAGAAGUUGCUUGAGGAUGAAUUUGAGAAGCUUCGGUCUAGUUCAUCUUCUUCUUCACAAAAUCAUCAACUGAUACGUAAAUUUAGAGGAGUUGUCUGGAAUGUUCACCAUUUAGGGCAGCCAAUGCCAGGAGAAGAGCAAGAGGACAUUGUAAUGACAAGUACCCAAUCUAGCCUUUUGAAUAUCAUUUGCCCAUUAAGUGGAAAGCCUGUUACUGAAUUAGCAGAGCCGGUUCGCAGUGUGCUAUGCAAGCAUAUUUACGAGAAGAAGGCAAUCAUGCUUUACAUAGCAUCCGAAAGAGGACAACCAAAAUGCCCCAUAGCAGGUUGCCCUAAGAUUUUGCAGGCAGAAAAAGUAGUGUGUGAUCCGUUGUUAGUUGUUGAAAUUGAGGAAAUGAGAUGUACGAGUAGACAAACUGCUAGGGCUAAUGUGGUAGAAGAUUUCACAGAGCUUGAUGAAGAGGAAGACAACUGAUAAAGAGUUAUCAGAAAUUAAUCAUAGUUGAUCACUACAACCUUGUUUUCUACAAUUCAAUAUCCAUUGUAUAUGUGCUACUUUUUAGGUACGAUAGGACAAUUGAGACUGAAACAAUAUUAUUGUCCUAUAUAGUUGAGAAUUGUCUCUUCCUAUCAUAUUCUCUAAGGCGUUCAAAUUAAUAAUUAUUUGAAACAAUUUCACAAUUUA